CUAUCUUCUUUUUCGUCUCAGUCGUCUCCGAUCUUAGGGUUUAAGAGAGUCGAAUCACUAGUAGCGGGCAACAACCUCCACUCUGUCGCCGAUCGAAAUUCGCUUUCGCUAGUUACUCAAUAUCGAUCCCUUUGUUUCUCUGUUCUCUGAUUAUCCCGAUUAGGGCUUGAUCGGUGAUGGUGUCUGGGUCCAGAGCCGGCGGUAAUCGGGCGAUGGAUGAUGAAGAGAGAAAGCUGAUUGAGUCGAUUAGAGAAAUCGUGGGUAAUCACACCGACGCCGAUAUCUACGCCGCCUUGAAAGAAGCUGACAUGAACGCCGACGAGGCUGUGCAGAAGCUGAUUCAUCAAGAUCCGUUCCAUGAGGUGAAGAGAAGAAGAGACAGGAAGAAAGAGGUUGCAGUAUUGGUUGAGCCUGCCGACGAAAAGAAACCUCUUGAAAGUGUUACCAGUGAAGUGAACGUUCUUACACAGCCUGAGCAUAAUGCUCGGAGAGGAGGCUACAGUAGGAAUGUCUUCCCUAGGAACGCUGCUCCACGAGAUGAUUUUCAUAGGAACACUGCUCCGCGAAAUGAACUUCCUAGGAACGCUGCUCCACGAAAUGAGUUUCCUAGGAACGCUGCCCAACAAAAUGAGUUUCCUGGGAACCCUGCUCCACGUAAUGCCUUUCCUAGGAACGCUGCUCCACGAAAUGCAUUUCCUAGGAAUCCUGCUACUGGAUCCAAGAGAGAGUUUCGCGUUGUUAGAGACAACAGGUCUAAUCCAAAUGUUGGUGAAGAGUUGAAGCAUACUUCCGCCCACCAGUCUUCUGGAUUAAAUAUUAGCAAAGUAACGGCCUCUCAAAACCAAAAGGGCUUAACAGGUGGUUUUGGCAAUCGUCGAUCUCCUGGGAGUCAAGAUUUUUCCGAAGAUUGUAAUGCAUCAGCAGAUGUCAGGCUCAGAGAUACUGAAAUUGCUCCAUUGCACCAUCCAACCAGAAAAGAACUCUCUGAUGGAAAGCAGACGGCACGUAGUGGUACCCUGCCAUCAACCAAUUCAGUUAUUGGUGUAUAUCCGUCUUCCAUAGAUCCAGUUCAUGUACCAUCUCCUGUUUCUAGAUCAUCACCUGUGGGCGCUAUUAAACGUGAAGUAAGAGGUGGAGGCUUUGGUGGAAAACCUUCUGAAAAUGUUGGUAAAGAUCCAUCUGCAUCUACGGGUUCUUUGUCAGGGUCCUCGAUUAGAAAGAUUGGGACUCCAAAUGCACAUCGAUCAUCUUCCCCAAAUUCAAAGAUUGAUCAAGUCAGUCAAACUACUUUACGAGAGUCUGUUUUACCCAUCGGUGGGGAAAAGAAUAGACCUGUUUUGAACAGGCAGCGUGGAAACAGAGGAAGCCAAUAUGGUAGAACACAACAAGUUGGUGGUCAUACAAAAGGAGUCUCACAGAACAAGGAAUGGAAGCCUAAACCAAUUCAGAAAUCUGUUGGACAUAACCCUGGAGUAAUUGGAACACCUGCAAAGUCUCAGGCUUGUCGUUCGGAUGAUAUUUCCUUAAAUUUGGAAUCGGAGGCUGUUAAGGUGCAAGAUAAGCUUUCGCAUGUUCAUAUCAGUGAAAGCCAGAAUGUCAUCAUCGCAGAUCAUAUUCGCGUCCCAGAGACUGACCGAUGUCAGCUUACUUUUGGUAGCUUUGUUCAAGAGUUUAGUUCUUCAGUGAAUUCAGAAUCUGCUUUCCAGGAAUCAUGCUCUUUAGAAGAACUUAGAGAAACUGAUCGUAGUUCGCCAGUUUCUCCUCCAGAGACUGUAACAGAUGGUCCUGGGGAUAAGCCUAUCGAUAUUCUUGAUGAUCAUGUCAGAGUUUCUGAAUCUGACUCACGUGUACCAGUGGCGUCUGAGCAUCAGUUACCCGAAGAGAAGGAGGCUCACAGAUCUGACAAUUUGGAUGAGUACUCGGAAAUUCAAUUGCUCAGUAGGAACGGUCCACAUUAUACUCCUCUAGAGUUUGAAGAGCAGCAAGAUCCUCCUGAGUUGCAAAAACCUCCUGCAUAUGGUAAUCACGGUAGUUAUGACUCUCCGUAUGAAAACGUACGAGGACAAGGAUUACCAUCUCAGCAAGAGCAGGUGUUAAGUACUCAAAUGGUGAACAAUGGCCCUUCAUCUACGAUUCCCAUGCUGCAGCAGCAGCAGCAACAACAACAGCAGGCGUCAAUGCAACAGAUGUACCCGCAGGUUCAAGUUGCACAUUUUCCCAAUCUGAUGCCUUAUCGUCAGUUCGUCUCCUAUGUUCCCCAGAUGCCCAUGCCAGGCUACUCAGGUAACCCAACAGCGUAUGCACACCCUUCAAAUGGAAAUAGCUAUGUUCUGAUGCCUGGAGGUGGUUCUCAUCCUGGCUCAAACGGUGUCAAGUAUGGCAUCCAGCAAUUCAAGCCAGUCCCAACAGGUGGUCCUACUGGUUUUGGGACUUACAACAACAACCCUAGUGCGUAUCAGAUUAAUACUCCCAAUGUAGUUGGAAACGCCAUGGGUCUUGAAGAUCCAUCUCGCAUGAAAUACAAAGAUGGGAAUAUCUACGUUCAAAACCCUCAGCAGGCUGAGACUUCUGAUAUUUGGAUGCAGAAUCCAAGAGAUCUUUCAAGCCUUCAGUCUCCUCCAUAUUACAACGUAGCUGGUCAAACGCCUCAUGGUGCUUAUUUACCAUCCCAUACAUCACAUCCAUCCUUCAACGCCUCUGCACAAUCUCCUCAAAUGCAGUUCCAGGGUCUCUUCCAUCCCCCACAACCUGGUGCAAUGGCGAAUCAACACCACAUGGGACCUGGGCUUGGUGGUAAUGUUGGGGUUGUGCCCUCUCCUCCCUCUCAACUUGGUGCUUAUCAGCAAUCACAACUUGGUCAUCCCAAUUGGGGAGCAAACUUCUGAAUAAAGUUCUAACCUCUCUGUCUAAUGGAUCAUAAUAUAGCCGAAAGCAAAUGUUUUGAUUUUCUUUGUGAAACGGCCAAACUCUAUUUUAUUAUCUUCUUUAGUUAAUGAAUGCAUAAAAUGCUUUGCCCUUCUCUG